AUGAACGAGCGGUUGGGGACGCCGAGAAUCACCGGGUACUUGCUCGCGGGCGCGGCGUGCGGGCCGUUCGGUUUGGGCGCGUUGACGGCGAGCGGGACGAAGCGAUUGGCGAUCGUCGAUAACGCGUGCUUGGCGUGCAUAGGACUCGCCGCGGGAUCGGAGGUGUCGUUGCCCGAGCUCAGGAAGAACGCGCGGAGGACGGUGGUGACGAUCGCGAGCGUCGCGGCGUGCGCGUGGACGCUCACGUUUUGCGCGUUCGACGCGGUGUUGGCGAGUAGGGUGGAGUUUUUGCGGGGAUUGUCGGAGCGACACGUCAAGGCGGUGGGGAGUUUACUCGGAACGCUCGCGUUGGCGCGAUCGCCGGCGAGUGCGAUGGCGGUGAUAUCGGAGAUGGAGGCGAGCGGGCCGUUUUGUUCACACAUUUUGUCGACGACGGUCGUCAAGGACGUCGUCGUCGUCGCGCUCUUCGCGAUGAACGUCGAGCUCAUCGCGCUCAGUGGAUUAGAUUUUCACAGAAUAGUUUUAGACACCGCGACUGCGGUGAGCGAUGAGCGUCAGGCGACGCCGAACGAUACCGGUGUCGGCAAGUUAAAGGGCGCCGCGCGGAGACUGCUCGUGAGUCUCAAACCGGCGACGCAGUGGGAGACCUCGCACGCGUUGACCAAGGUGUUUCAGCCGCUCGUUCGAGUCAUCGGCGCGAUGCUGGCGGGUAUUUUAGCCGGUAUUCUCCUCGGACGGUUGCUCAAGCCGACGGCGUUCGUGUCGAGAUGGAAACACGUGCGCAUCGCUUGCAUCGUCGGCGGCGCGACCGGAAUCUUCGUCUUGAGCGAACACUUCGCGUUGGAGCCGCUCUUGGUGUGCGUCGUCGCCGGCCUCGUCGCGGCAAAUCGUAAGAAUGCGACCGCUGAGCAUGAACGAGAGGAGUUACACGCGGCGAUAGCCGUGAUCACGCCCACGGUGAACUUGCUCUUCUUCACGCUCGCCGGGGCGAGCCUUCGGCUGGAGAACGCGUACAACUCAAUCUCCAUCGCGGUGAGCUUGGUAAUCGUGCGAUUAGUGGCACUGUAUUACGCCACGGCGAUAUCGUCGAAGAUAAUGCGCGUGCCCGCCGUGAGUGAGAUCACGGGCGAGAAGCACAAAAACAUUGAGUGGAUGGGACACGUCACGCAAGCGGGCGUCGCUCUCGGCUUGGCGCGAACCGUCGCCGCGAGAUUCCCGUACUGGGGACCAUCUUUCUCCACCCUCGCCGUUUCCAUCAUCGUCAUGAAUUUGUUCAUAGGCCCCGUGCUCUUUCGAGCCGCGAUCGAGCUCUCAAAGGAGUCGCACUUAACGCCGACGAGACAGGUUGAGCUCGCGGAGGUCGCAGAGCGCGAGAGCGCGAGUCCUCAAACCGCUUCGAAAUCGACGCUCGAGUAG